GGACGCGUAUCUAUUGCCAAUAGUUUCUCAGCUUUCAGCUUUUUGAAAGAAAAUAAUAGUGCUUGACGUCAUGAGAACGAUGAAUUUAUUUUAGAAAAAUCGUGCCGUUUUCGUGGUGACAUUUGUGUAAGAUAAUUAAUGUGUUUAGUGAAAUAGCUAAAAUGGAGACUGAUUGGAAUGUCGAAGAUCCGCCGACACCGAAGGUGACCUCCUUAACAUCUUUAGACACAGGAGUACGGCCCGCGCCCAGCGGAGCGGCCUACGUUGCUGAAAGGAACACAUGCUUGAAUUUAUUCUCAAGAUGGAACGAAACGGACCAGGUGGAGUUUGUGGAGCAAUUGUUGGCGCGCAUGUGCCACUAUCAGCACGGACACAUAAAUGCAUAUCUCAAACCAAUGCUGCAGCGGGACUUCAUCAGUAUGCUACCGAAAAAAGGUCUAGACCAUGUAGCAGAGAACAUCCUAUCUUAUUUAGAUGCCAACUCGCUGUGCGCAGCCGAGCUGGUCUGUAGAGAAUGGCAGCGGGUUAUCUCUGAAGGUAUGCUGUGGAAGAAGCUGGUGGAACGUAAAGUUAGGACUGAUUCAUUGUGGAGGGGGCUCGCUGAGAGGAGGGGAUGGAUCUUAUACCUAUUCAAGCCGAAGCCAGGAUGUCAGCAUCCUUCGCACAGCUUCUACCGACAGCUGUAUCCCAAGAUUAUACAAGAUAUACAAUCCAUUGAAGAUAAUUGGAGAAUGGGUAGACAUAAUUUGCAGAGGAUAAAUUGUCGUUCAGAGAACUCGAAGGGAGUCUAUUGCUUGCAAUAUGACGAUAACAAAAUCGUAUCCGGGCUAAGAGAUAACACAAUCAAGAUAUGGGACAGAAAGACGCUGCAGUGUGUCAAGGAGCUUCAAGGUCAUACUGGAUCAGUACUGUGCCUGCAGUAUGAUGAGAGAGCCAUCAUCUCAGGUUCAUCAGACAGCACAGUGCGAGUGUGGGACGUUACAACAGGAGCUAUGCUGAACACACUCAUACAUCAUUGCGAGGCUGUGCUGCAUCUCAGAUUCUGUAACGGCAUGAUGGUCACUUGCAGCAAGGAUCGUUCGAUAGCUGUAUGGGAUAUGACAUCAACAACAGAGAUAAUGUUGAGACGUGUACUUGUUGGUCAUCGUGCCGCUGUCAAUGUGGUUGACUUUGAUGAGAAGUAUAUUGUCAGCGCCAGCGGAGAUAGAACAAUAAAAGUAUGGAAUACAUCAUCUUGCGAGUUUGUGCGCACUUUGAAUGGUCACAAGCGUGGCAUCGCAUGUCUUCAAUACAGAGACAGGCUGGUGGUGUCAGGUUCCUCUGAUAACACCAUCCGGCUGUGGGACAUUGAGUGCGGACAAUGUAUACGAGUGCUGGAGGGACAUGAGGAGCUUGUUAGGUGUAUACGUUUCGACAAUAAACGGAUAGUAAGCGGUGCGUACGAUGGCAAAAUCAAAGUGUGGGAUCUGAGGGCGGCUCUCGACGUGCGCACUCCACAUCAGGACCUCUGCCUGCGUACACUGGUCGAGCACACAGGGCGAGUGUUCCGUUUGCAAUUUGACGAGUUUCAAAUUGUGUCAUCAUCGCACGAUGACACAAUACUCGUGUGGGACUUCCUCAAUUGCGGCACUUCGCCCCCCGCGCCCGCUGCAGCGCCCGCCCCCGCCCCCGCGCCCGCGCCCGCGCAGCGCCCGCCGCGUGCAUCCCCUGACAGGGACCGCUUUUAUGAAUAG